AUGAAAUUAAUUAUAAAACUAAUACUUCUUUUAUUUAUAUAUAAUGUAUUGUUAAUAAAACAUAUCAAAUCAACCAGUGUAUUUUUAGAAGAUUAUCAUAAAUGUAGAGAAGGAUGCGAAAUUAAAAAUACAAAUAACAAUUUACUAUCAGUAUCUGUAUCAAUAGAAUAUGCAUAUUCUGGUGAAUAUUAUGAAUGCAAAAAUGGAUGUGAACAAAAAAAUAAUGAUUUGAUUCAAGAUAUUUGUGAAAGACCAUCAUUUUUUAAUGCUGGAGAGCCUUCAAUUGAAACAAACCAUCACCUAGAUUCAUUAAGAAAGAAAUGCCAAUACUUUUCAAAUAAUUUGGGAAAAAUAGAUUUGGACUAUAUUGAAAAACUUUAUAGAUAUAAAGAAUUAUUGGCAAUAGAUUGUACAAGAAUGAUUUGUUAUCUAGGAGGUGGGAUCAAUACAUAUGGCCUAUCAUCUGUUGGAAAACCUGUAAAACCUUUAAUUAGAAAUAUUAAGAAAAAAGAAAAAAAAUAA